AUGGGUUCUGCGAAGGGUAAAGCUCAGUUGGAGUCAAGCAAGAAGAAGGCUACACCACAGAAGGCAUCAUCAUCAGGUUCUGGGAAGGCUAAGAAUAGACCGGAACAAGAUAAGAAGAAGGCUGAACCACAGAAGGAAUCUUCAAAGUCGUCUAAGAAGGGUGCAACUCCGCCUGGAUCAAACAAAAAGGCAAACCCUCAGAACCCAUCCUCCGGAUCGUCCAAGAAGGGUAAAACUCCGCCUGCAUCGAACAAAAAGAAGGCAAACCCACAGAACGCAUCAUCUACAUCAUCCAAGAAGUCCCGCUCACCGAAGAACCUCGCGCGCUGGCGGCACUUCAAAGGCUUCACCCCCGAGUCUGAUAAAAGUUUCAGCGAAGAGUUCAGUCGUCUUGCUCAGCGCUGCAAGUGGGACAAAGAAGAUCGCAAGAAAUACCGUAUCCUGCUGUUCGACCCAGAAUUCGAUGGGCACUCCGACGACGCGAGCAGCCUCGAGAGUUGGCAGUUGUUAUGCCGCCUCUGCAGCAUCAACCCUGUACCUGACAGCAUCCCGAAGUGCAUGAAUGCCUUGGACAGCAUCCUCGUCAACAUUUACAAGGUUGAGAACGCAAAAGAUACGGGCAAGCCCCACAUUCCAUUCGAGACGUUUGAAGAGUUUCGCAACCACACCAUGGAGAAUGGCAACAGAUACCCGCUUGAAAAGGCGAAGAAAGACGAGCAGAAGAAGAUCUUUCUUAAGAGACUCAAUGGCGAUGCUACUCAGUAG